CAGAAAUUGCUGGCGAAUUGUUAAAACGGGACGAAGAUGAAGAAUUCAAGACUUUCGUACUUUUGUAUUACAACGCAUUGCAGGGGUCAGGGAUACCAGAAACCUACUGGAGGAGCCUACACCAUAAAAUCACCAACGAGGGUCGCAGGGAGUGCAGGACCUGAUCCCAGCUGUCAAGGGGCAGGAGGCGGGGUUACACCCUGAACUGGUUGCAGGGCACAUCGAGACAAACUCACAAUCACACCUAUGGGCAAUUUAGAGUGUCCAAUUAAUGUUGCAUGUUUUUGGGAUGUAGGAGGAAACCGGAGUACCCGGAGGAAACCCACGCAGGUAAGGGGAGAAUAUGCAAACUCCCAACAGGUGAGUCGGGGAUUGAACCCGGGACCUCAGAACUGUGAGGCCAAUGCUUUACAAGCUGCUCCACCGUGCUGGCUAAAAUAGAUAUCGGAAUGAAAAAUACAUAAAACAUUAUUCACUUCAAUGUCUAUAGAAAAAAAAUAGAUAUGAGCGGAGAGCGUGUCAUCGUCGGCUCAUCGGCGCCGGGCCGCUUUACGGCGUUGUCGUCACUCGCGGUUCAGUGCGCCAUCGUCGGCGGCGUUGUUUAUCGUUUUAUUGUUCAACGCCGCAGGCGACGGCAGAUUUCGCACCCCUGACUUACGUACUCAGAUCUUUUGUUCUGUUCUGAGUGGAUUAUGCUAACUAAAGAUUUACGCUGCUUUGUGUACAGAAAUACUAUCCAUUUUUCACUUGACAGAUUUUUGAUGCUGGCGGUGUGUUCGGAAUCAUGCAAAUGCACGAAAAUGAUGACGGUGCGAAGGAAGGGGACAAGCCGAGAACGGCGAUCCGCUCCAGAGUGAUCGUUACUUGCGAAAGUGGACUGCAAGCCUCGCAACCGACAAGUAUUUUCCUGGUGGACCAUGCUUGGACAUAUCGUGUUGAGCAUGCUCGUGAGCAGCUGGAGCAGAUUCCCGGCCUGUUGCCCCGAAUGGCCUCGCUCAUGGGUUUGGACUUCAGUGAGAAGCACAGCGAAGCCGAUAAAGUAGAGCUCGUGAUGGACCACAUGUGGAUGUACAACCAAACCUAUCAGCUUUCCCAAGGGUCCGCGGAGGAGAAGGUCCCAGUGUGGUACAUCAUGGACGAGUUCGGUUCCCAAGUCCGCCACUCCGACCAGCCCACCUGCGGCAUGGCCCCCUUCUUCUUUGUCGACGCCCAGGCGGCCUACACUGUACUCUGGCCUCUCCAAGACCUGGAAAAGGGAGAUGAAGCAACCCGUGACUUUGCAUAUGGUGAGUCAGAUCCCAUGGUCAGACGGUGCCGUUUGUUGCCGUGGAUACCCGCGGAGCUGCGAGGGGUUUGUGAAAAAACCACAGAGCCAGCAGAUGCGUACUAUGAGGCUGUAUUGAAGGAGAACAAAGAGCAACUUCCUGUGGACAUUCACCCCUGCACAGUACCCAAGGACAGAAUACUUAAGGUGUACUCCGAAAUGUCCCAAGUGAUUAACAACUUGACGGAUUCACGUUUCCAGCUGGUAGAGGCUGAGGAGGAGGCGGAUAUCAUUUGGAGCUUCGACCACAUCAAAGACUACAGGAAGCUCAGCGUGGAGCGACCCCGUGUCAUGAUUAAUCAGUUUCCGUGUGAGAACCUCAUCACGGUGAAGGAUUGCCUCGCUGCCAUGGCCCGGAGAGUGACGGAUGGUUCCGGCGUGGUACCGAAGACCUUCAACCUCCAGACGGAGCUUCCGCAGUUCAUAAGGCACUAUCAAGAUAGACAACAGAGGGGAGAUGAUAACCAUUGGAUAUGUAAGCCCUGGAAUUUGGCCCGUGGGAUGGAUAUGCACAUUACCAACAAUCUGAACUACAUCAUCCGCCAGAGAGAGAGUACGCCAAAGGUUGUGUGUAAGUACAUCGAGGAUCCAGUGCUGUUCAACAGGGAGGACGUCGGACUGGUGAAGUUCGACAUCCGCUACAUGUUGAUGUUGCGCUCCGUGAGCCCUCUGCGCCUCUAUGCCUACAAUGUCUUCUGGUUACGCUUUGCAAACAGACCGUUCUCCCUGGACCAUUUCGAUGACUACCAGAAACACUUUACUGUCAUGAACUAUACAGAGGGUGUGGCGCUCAAGCAGGUUCACUAUGACGAGUUCAUCCCCAUGUUUGAAAAACAGUACCCCGAGUAUCCGUGGAGGGAAGUGGAAGCUGACUUAUUUAAAGCAUUCAAGAAGCUCUUCGAGGCGGCUUCAUCUCGACCUGCCCCGUACGGUAUUUGCGCGUACCCGUCUUCCCGGGCUAUCUACGCCGUAGACCUCAUGCUGAAGUGGCGCACGGAGAACAACGGUGAGCGUGUCAUGGUUCCUCAGAUUCUGGAGUUCAACUUCAGCCCAGACUGUACCCGGGCCUGCCUCUACCACCCAGACUUCUACAACCACAUGUUCCAGAUCCUGUUUUUGGACCAGCCCGAGGACUGCCCCGUUACGCAGAUUGCGUGAUCAUUUCUUAUCAAUCAUAAUCAAUACGUCCCCCCUUUCCUUUUCUUUGUUUUUUUUUAUGGUACAGUUUUGGGAAAAUAAAAAAGUAUUCCGUUUUUAACAAAAGACCCGGUUCGUCGUGAAAAAUGGAUUGCACAGGUGUAAAGGACGAGAGCUUGGUGGGUUCCAAAUGAAAGGUAGGUGUGUAAGGGGGGACAUAAUCCGUAAAUCAGGGGUGCUAAAUGUGUCGAUGUGCGGAUCGGAAGGCUUCCUUGCAGCAGCCGCUGAAGGACGGCCUCCGCAGGCCUCGUGGAUCGCCACCGGCCUUGUCAACAACACGGCUUCGGCUGGGGUGGCUCGUCUCCGCACCAGAAGUGGAUCGACGGGGAGGUGGUUUGACCACCGCGUCGUUAUCGCUCGCAGGCACUGUUUUUAUCACCGGCAAGCAGAGGUGGAUCAGGCAAAAAGGUGGUUUGGCCAGAUGGGGUUUGGCCGUGAUCCGCAUAUCAUCUAAAUCUAGCUCGAAACGAUGAGGUCACUUUACGCGGUUCUCUUCUUCGAAAAGAGUUUCCGUGUCAGAUGGUGUUCGUCUCCCAUAGUAGGUGGCACAGCGUCCUUUCACUGGUGUUGUUUUUAUCACCUCCACGCAGAAGUGGAUUGGGCGAGGGGGUGGUUUGGCCGUGAUCCGCAUAUCAUCUAAAUGUGGGUCGAAACGAUGAGAUAAUAUUGUCCCAGUCGCUUUAGUCGGUUCUCUUCUUCGAAAAGAGCUUCCGUGUCAGAAGGUGUUCGUCUCCCGUAGUAGGUGCCACAGCGUGUUUUCAUUGGCAAAUGUCCCAGUGUGACGUCACGGGCAGGAGAUGCAGCCAAUAUGGCGACCACUUCAAUUUCAAAUGAGACUUCCGCACUUUGCGCAUGGAUGACGCACUCUCCGCUCAUAUUUAUUUUUUCGUAUCAACACAGAAGUGAAUAAUCUUACAUGUAUUUUUCAUUACAAUAUCUAUUUUAGAAUGUUUAUAGGGAUGACACUUUGGCUUUAAGCUAGUUUUAGUGAUAUAGUCCCGGCUAGUUAGCUUGACUUUGUUCUACAGAAUUAGCAAAUUAUUCCAAACCCCACUGUCGCUUUCUUGAAUUUCAGAUGCAAUUAUAUUGUGUAAUUAUUUCUAAUUAUACCUCUAAUGUAGUUAUUAGAUUAUGUCGCACGCACUACGACACAGGAAGUUUUUGAAGGGAAUUUACAUGAAGGGGCGGUGCUGCGACUAAAAAAAGAAAAUGAAGAGAUAACAAUCCGCACCGUUUCAGAAAACCUGCUUGCUUAGUUUGGAGCCAGUGAUCAUUUAAAACGAAUCCGUUUUACUUUCAUCUUUCGAGAGGAUAUCAGAUAUCAUCACUUCAUUUAUUACGAGGUGUAUUAUUAUUAUUAUCGUUUAUUACAGCAAUUGACGAAGAGGGACCGAAGCUUCCGGUUUUGGAUUUCUGAAAUGAACACUGGAUUAAAUUGGAGCUGCACUGCAGGGAAACAAAGUGGUGAUUUUACCUCUUUUUAGGUGAACCUCGGAGAGUAUUUUUUUUUUUUUUUUUAAAGCUGCGCGAUAUUUCACAUAGAGUCGGCUUUCCACUCUAUUUCACCUUAGAGCACGAAAGACAUCUUGGAUCCAAUGAUCGGUUCUGAUAAUUUAACGCGAAACCACAACGAAGCGAGUCCAUGUUCUGGGAAGCCGAGCUCGGACCGUCCAGCGCGCCCCCAAAAUUCUGCAACCCACCCUCAACGGGAGACGGCCGCAAGCGAGGAAAACAUGGAACUGGUUCUCAGGCGCAGCUCUCACGAGCCGCAAAUACGCUCCCGGGUCCCUGCGGGCGUCAAAUCGCUCUUCAAGGCCAGAUCUUCAUCAGAGAACUUGCGUGGGAAUCCCGGUCCAAAUGCAGGACGCCACUCAGCUGUGCCGUUGGCUAGUCCGCCACACUGCUUUAAAUUGUGGACUAAACCAAGCACAAAACCUUGACAGCGCAGGCAGUGCUGAUUCAGCACUUUGUGUCCAGGCGGCAACCGUUGAGGAUUUGCCCACCGGAAAACUGCAACCCCCAACAGACGAUCAAAUCCAUACCCUGAUUGCCGAGAGGCUCGCGUGCUUUCGGACCCAGAAGAACUUUGCGACCCGCGAGUCAUUUGCGACAGAAAACAGAGGUGCGUGCGAAAGAGAUGCAAAAUGCUUGAAUCGGAACAAAGGAAAUGCUGACGGGAUGCGUCCCGAACCCAACGACCAUCUUGCUGAAUCUGCAUCAGAGAAUCUUUCAUCAGAAUCUCACCAAAAUGCAACGGACGUGGUCUCCACCUGCUCAACGCAUCAAGGAGACGACUCAUCAAAAAAUGUGGAUUUCAACACGGCUGAAAAUCGGGAAUGCGCAUUUCCAAAAGAGACAAUCCGGGACAAGGACUCUGAAGACAGCUGCGAUACGGACGAUAGUUGCGAUUACCCGACCGCGUCGGAACACAACUAUUUGACCGUCUCAAAGCAUUUGAUUCCCUCGCUGCGGUAUUCCAAGGACGACAAUCCGGAAGGGAGCUAUCGACGUAGGCCCAAAAGCAGAAAACCGAAAAACCUGGUGCGGACGCACAAACACGCCGGCUCGAUAAAUGCCCAACCCGAAGCUAGCAGCGUAGCUUACGAUUCAAAUGAAGUGCUGAUACUCGAUUCGUCGGAGGAUGAACUGAUGAAUGAGCCGAUUGCCGUUGGAAGGAUCGUCAUCUCCGACUCUGACACGGACGAAAAAGAACAACGCUGUAAACCAUCAAAACGGAAAAAAAUGAUCUCAUAAGUCCGAUGGACACCCUUCUGGACUUUUUUAUUCAUCUCAAAAUCAUCACCGUUUUCAUCACCAUCCUGGGUUUUCCAACUACUGUCGAUGUUAGGUAACACAAAUAUGGUACAAUCCAAAAAAUAUGGCACAGAUUUUAGCAUGAAUCGCGGACGUUGACACUUGGAAUCAUGUGGCGGGCCGGAUCCGGCCCCCGGGCCUCGAGUUUCACACCUGUACGCUAAGUCUUUUAAUGCGUAGAAUGUAAGUUUUAAUUACUGCUAAGAUCCAGUUGAUAUGUUGUUCAUUUUUGUCGUCUGCCUUAAUUAGUCAAAAGUUAAAGUCCAAUAAAAAUCUUUCGGACA